AUGGCUGCCGACGAAGAGAACAAGCGUGAACCUAUACCGGUCGACGAGGCUGCUAUUGCACCUGAGCUGCCGGUGGAAGGUGAAGUCGAAGUCCCAUAUAGCAUAUAUACCAGCAAAGAGAAAUGGCUCAUCGUAGCCAUGGUCGCGUUGGCGGGGUUCUAUAGCCCCCUCCCCGCAAACAUCUACUUCCCAGCCAUCCCAACCCUCACGCGCGCCUUCCACCAAACCUCCGAAGCCAUCAACCAAACCGUCACCGUGUACCUAGUCUUCCAAGGAAUCAGCCCUAUGCUAUGGGGCCCCAUCAGUGACCGCUACGGCCGCCGCCUCGUGUACCUGGUAUGUCUUAGCAUCCUCGUCGCCUCGUCCAUCGGCCUAGCCCUCUGCCCAACCAGCCACUUCUGGCUGCUCCUCUUCCUGCGCUGCUUCCAGUCCGGCGGCAGCGCCAGCACCAUCGCCCUUGGCGCAGGCGUCAUAGGCGAUAUAUCCACGAGCCGCGAACGAGGCGGCUACUUUGGCAUGUUCAACCUCGGUCCUAUGCUCGCUCCGUGUAUCGCACCUGCGAUUGGGGGCGCGUUAUCGCAGGGCUUGGGCUGGCGAUCUAUCUUCUGGUCUAUCGUCAUCAUGGUAGCGGUUUGCCUGCUGUGCAUCGCGCUUUUCCUCCCUGAGACCCUGAGGAGCAUCGCGGGUAAUGGCAGUAUCCCUGUGCCCCGCCUUCAACGCGCUAUCCUCCCUAUCGUCGGCCAAAAAGCAACGAAAGAAGCCUUCGACCCGGAUUCCCGCGCUAAGGCUAAACACUCUGUUAAUCCCUUUGUCCUCUUUACGUACCCUGAUGUCAUUGUCCUCCUGACUUUUACCGGGCUGGUCUACGCGGUCAAUUACACAAUCACCGCUACCAUAUCCUCCGCUUUCGCAAAGAUAUACCCUGAGCUGUCGGAGACGGUACUAGGACUUUGCUAUUUGCCUGUUGGCGCGGGUAUGAUUCUGGGUUCUACGAUGACGGGCAAGAUGCUGGAUUGGGAGUAUAGACGUAUCAAAGAGCGGUGUGGUGAUAACUUCACCAUCGAACACGCCCGGUUACGCAUAAUGCCCUUCUAUCUCUCCCUCUUCAUCGUCUGCGUCAUUGCUUGGGGUUGGACGAUACAGGCUAAGGCUCAUAUCGCUGUUCCCCUCAUUCUUGGCGUUAUGCUAGGCUGGACGUCGAUUGGUAUCCUCAACACUACCAUGACACUCAACAUCGAUAUUCUGCAGUCCCGCAGUUCGGGCGCGACGGCGUGUACGAAUUUGGUGCGCUGCUCGCUGGCUGCUAUUCUGGUGUCUAUCAUCGAUCGCAUGGCGAGUGCGUGGGGCGAUGGCUGGACGUAUACGUUUUGGGGCGGCGUAUGUUGUUUGUUGAUGCCACUUAUGUUGCUGGAGAUCAAGAUGGGCCCGGUGUGGCGCAGGAGGCGUGAAGCCAAGGAAUUGGAGGCGGAGAAGGCAUGA